UUAAACAGAUUUGUCACUGAGAUUAACCUACAGAAUGCGGUCUUAUGCAUUUCCAUACGCAUGUUUUGCACUUUUUUGUUCUCCAAUAUUCACUCUUUUAUGUGAUAAAUGAUUUAUUUAUUCAAACAGGACUGCGUUAUAUGGAAUGAUCCUAUGUUGUUUCGUUAACAAUUUCGCUUUUAAAUUAAUGAGGCUAUUCUAUGUAAAACAGAAUAAUCAUGUUCUCAAAUGCUGCCUUUCAAGUGAUUUCCAUAAAUUAGUUUUAGUGUGUGUAAUACCGAACCACAGCAACACAUAAUUUAGUGCUAUUCGAUUUAUUUGGAAUUAUAAAUUUGUUGAAGCGCACACCAUUUUAUUUCGAUUGAAUUAGAAUUGAAACUUGCAGUGUUCAAUUUAACUAACGUAUUAUAUUUUUUAAUGUUUAUUUUCAUUAUGCAAUGAUGAGAAUGAAUGAAUUGAAAUACACAUUAUUCAAUUUUGAGUAAUUCAGCUACUGUUCGGUUAUCAGUUCUGAUUAGAAGACAAUAUAAAUUAAAUGCUUUCAAGAACAUUUCCGUCUGAGGCAUAGUCGUAGGGGUUAAAACGUAGAAAUGCUGGAUUAGGUUUAUCACAUUUACAAUUAUUGAUUGGUAGUCUUUAUGGACCAAAAUGUAUACAUUUCGUCUCGUAAGAUAAUCCUAUCACCGACAUCAGAUUAAAUUUUGAAUGGUCGUAAAUAGUAACUUCUACUAUAAAUGAUAUGGUUUUGCUUUAUAUUCUUUAGUCAGUAAAAAGAAAAGCUCAAAAAUGAAGUACGCGUUGUAUUUUAGUUUGGUGUCCGCCUGCUUACUAGCUGCAGCGCAAGCUAUUAAUCCUGACGAUGUAAGUUACGUCUUCUACACUCGAGAACUCCCGGAUGGUUUUCUCAUCAAAUCCAAUACAGAUUCCAACGUGAAUAAGCUUCUACGAAUUUUUGACCCAACACUUCCGACGGUUGUUUUAAUUCAUGGCUGGCAGGAUGAUUAUGAAUCAAAUUCCAAUACUUACGUAAAAGACGCUAUUUUCUCCAAAACCAACGCUAAUGUUUUUAAAGUAGACUGGAGUCCAUUAUCUAGACUAGGAUACCUUGCUGCCCGAGAUUCAGUGCCACCAGUAGGGAAAGAAGCUGCCACUUUCAUUCAGCGAUUAUCUACAGCGUUUAACUAUCCGUUAAUUGAUUUUACUCUGGUUGGUUUCUCCUUGGGGGCUCACAUUGCCGGCAAUAUUGGCAAGGCUUUGAAAGGCAAAAUUGGACUUAUCAUAGCUUUGGAUCCCGCCGGUCCUUUUAUUAGUUCUACUAAUUCCAGCUUCAGCGUGUAUCCAACUGAUGCCAAAUAUGUGCAGGGAAUUCAUACAAACGGAGGCACCUUAGGAAUGCUCGAUCCAGUUGGUCACUCUGAUUUUUAUCCAAAUGGAGGCGCGAGACAGCCUGGAUGUGGAAUAGAUCUAAUUGGAAACUGUGCCCAUAAUAGAGCUUGGCAACUUUUCGCUGAAUCGGUCACAGAUAACAGAUUCGUUGCUUCCAGUUGUGCCACAUUGGAAGACCUUCGAGCUACAAACUGUCCUGGGAAAACCAAACACAUGGGUGGAUUGGCCCGAUUAGACCGAAGUGCUAAAGGACUGUACUACUUGGAAACUAACAACAACUCUCCAUUUGGGCGUGCAUAGGAGAAUUAUUUGAAUUUUAUGCAAUUAUAUGAUAACUAUUUAAAA